AACAUACAUCGAAGUCUGAAACAGUAAUGAAGGCUCUGAAUCUUAUAUUAAUACUACUGGCUGUUUUUGCCUUUGGUGGAGAAUGUAAGCCGGUCGGCAACAAAAAGGGCGAUCAUUUAUUUAACAACAUUGCGAAAGCUUUCACAAAAAUGAUCCAAGACAUAUUUGAAGAAACGAGUAUCAGUAAAUUUUGUACAGCUCGCCCAGGAGUCCAAUUUAUAGUUGAAGACACCACAGAUAAAAACAAAGAUGUAACAAAGCAGUUCCCUUUUAUGGACAGCGCCUUUCGUGAGUACAAAGACAAGACGUUGACAACUGAUCGUGAUAGCCUUACCGUCUAUGGACGGGCAAACGAAGGGGCGGAUGCUAAUUCUCUGCGAUGGAGCGAAAGCAUCGCAGAACUCAGAAGAAGAGUCUUUGCUUUGAUUACCAAAGUCGUUGAUACCAAAAUACAAGGAAAGCCAUCGCCAAGAGAAACCCAGGAACUUGAAAAUCGCCUUCGUGAAUUGAUUGAACAAAUUUUGAACAGGAACGAAUACGUGGACCAGGAUGCCAUGCGAGUUUUUACACAAGAUCGAAAGAACAAAGCAAAGCUCGGAUUGGUCGGCCAAGUAGAACAGCGUUCGGCAAAUGUACUGAGGGAGCUGCCUGAAGAAGCUAAAAAAUGGGCCGAGGAAGCCGCAAACUUCGUCCAAAAGAAGUUCAGUCUAAAGAAAUAGUUUAGUCGACGUUUGAAAGUAUUAUUCGUAUAAAACUCUUCGUUUUCAAUAAUGAAUCUUCGAAUCCAAUAAUGAAAUCAAGAAUCCAAUAAUGAAGUCAUUUAUAAGCUAAGCUGCGUGUUCACGCUUUAGGUAGUCUGAAACAUAUUUAUGAAAUAAAUAAUUGAAUGAUUUUUCGCAAAUGAAUAAAGAUUUGAAUUUAAAAAAUAUAUGAAAUAAAAAUAACCGCUAGUAUAUAUAUCGAUAAGGACUAGCAACAGAUAAAASGCUCGAAUAUAAAAUGCAUUGAUGUCAGUUGAUUCAUCGACCUGCUCAAUAAAUUAUAAA